AUCUUUGGUUGGCUCACUCAGACAUCUGCAGCUCGACAUUCAGUUUGCAAUUGUCAAAGACGAUGCGGCCGUACGGAUCUCUAAAUUUCACCGAGCUCUGUACUCGGAAUUCUACCACCUGUCCAUCCAUAGUUUUCCUUCAGAAAUGGGGAGCGAACCGUCGCUUGUAAAAUGCCCAUGUCUUGACGUCGUUUUCUAUUGACAAUUCGUUUCAAGUCACUCAUUAACAUCAUGGACGUUAAAUUGUUUUCAGAUAAAUUUUCCGCAUUUGAUGUGGAACCACAGAUGUUCUUGCAGAGACGGCCAUCUGAACAGCCUCGAGGAAGCAAUCUUAACUCUCUGUACUCGGUAGAGCACAUGCAUUACAAUUGGCUGGUACGACGCGCACUCUACAAGUGGAGGAAGCAUGAGAGGGACAGGUGUCUCCAGGAAAAACUCAGGUUGACGUAUCGUCCGGGUAUUGAAAGAAAAUUUUCUGGCGAUGUUUACAGACCACAGCCUUGGCACAAUGGGAAAACUGACUUGUCCUCAUCAGUUGAGAUAGUGCCUAUCCGUCGUUGUGAGGAGAACAAGAAUAAGAAGCACCUGAGCGCACAAAGAAAGCAGAUCCUGAAAGUGACUGCCUUAAACCAAGGAGUGAAUUAUCGUAUAAGGAGAGUGCGAUUCAUUAAAAAAAGAAAAGGCGAAGCACUAGUGGCUGAUUUACAUAAUGGAAAUACGAUCCUUUUACCGUCUUCCUUUACGACAUUGAGUGAAGAGGAAAUAAAUUUUUUGGGUAGUGGAAAUGUUAGUAUAACGUACAAUGGACGUAUUGGUGGCAUGGAUGUUCUAGAAUUUGAAUAAUAUGAUUUUACAAUGAUGAUUAAUAUAUAAAUUCAAAUGCAAUGUACUAUUAAAAAUAAAAGACAAAGCUACUAUUUUAAAAAA